AAAUGAUAGCUGAGCCCAACGCAGCUGGCUCCUGCCGAAAUACAAGUCAACUGGCUUCACGUCCUGGCCACCAUAGUUUAAAAGGAGGCCAUAGCAGCCAGCUGCCAGCACUGGACCUGCUGCACAAGUGGGAUCCAGCUCGUCUGCUCAAACGUGAUCUUUGGCAAAGCAUAUUGUUAGCAUUGGGAAUGAUGAGAAGUGGCAUAAUUUCAUUGCAGAUAAAUGUAUGGCUUCAGAUUUCCCAGAAGAGAGAAUGCUGUGCAUGAUGAGACUGUGCCUGAGUCUGCUGUGCAGAAUGCCAGCUGUGUGAGUAAUGGCAACCUGAAAACACCAAGACAGAAACGGAAGGUCCGCGAACAGUGUGAAAAUAUAAGGAGAAGUUCUUCCAGCAAUAGAAGAGUGAGCCAGCUGCAGAAUGGAGAAGUGGUUGAGGCAGUUACCUUGUUUGAAGUGGUUAGCAUGGGGAAGCAGGCCAUGCAGUCUGUAGUAGAUGAUUGGGUUGAAGCUUAUAAACAGGACAGGGAUGUGGCACUCCUAGAUCUGAUCAACUUCUUCAUUCAGUGCUCAGGCUGUCAAGGCAUGGUGACAGCAGAGAUGUUUCAAAGUCUGCGCAAAAAGGAUGUCAUGCGAAAAAUGACAGAGACCUUUGAUGAGGAAACUGGGUUGCAGUACAAGAAGUUCAUGGUCUAUCCUUGGAUUCUUACGGUUACUUGGCCAGUGGACAUGGACAAUGAAGACUACCCACUGAUCAGAACAGGACCCUACUGGAAGAAGUUCAAGACCAAUUUCUGUGAAUUUAUUGCAGUGCUUGUCCAACAGUGCCAGUGCAGCAUCUUAUAUGAUAGCUACUUGAUGGACACUAUCAUCUCCCUGCUUACAGGCUUGGCAGACUCCAUGGUCAGAGCAUUUAGACACACAAGCACUUUGGCAGCAAUGAAACUUCUGACAGCAGUUGUAAGCGUACAUCUGAACCUUGAUGUCAACAAGCACAAUGCUCAAAGGUUAUAUGAGGUGGAGAAGAAGAGGAUAAGUGGCAAGAGGACCAAUUACAGACUUGACCAGCUAGAGAAAAAAAGAAAAGAGUAUGAGCAGAAGCUUCUAGAGAUAAAGAACAUGAUGAAUGCUAUUUUCAAAGGGACGUUUCUGAACCGUUACCGUGAUGUGAUUCCUGAGAUUCGAGCAACUUGCAUUGAAGAAAUUGGCAGCUGGAUCAAAACAUACCCAGAUACUUUUUUAAAUGAUAGCUACUUAAAGUAUAUUGGGUGGAUGCUUUAUGACAAGCAAGCUGAAGUGCGGUUGAAGUGUCUUCUAGGACUGCAAGGAAUUUAUAGCAGGAAAGAACUUGUUUCCAGAAUGGAUCUCUUUACUAGCAGAUUUAAGGAUCGAAUUGUGUCCAUGCCUCUGGACAAGGACCAUGAAGUAGCAGUUCAAGCCAUGAAACUCUUGAUGCUUAUGUCACAGAACUGUGAGGAUGUGUUAUCAACUGAAGACUGUGAAACCUUAUACCAGUUUGUUUAUACCACUCACCGUCCGCUGGCAGUAGCAGCUGGGGAAUUCCUGUAUAAAAGGCUGCUUAGCCAUGAGGGAGAUGAAGAAGUUCAGCCCAAAGGAGGGAAGUUUGGGGCGAGUACUGACCAGUUGAAAAGAUUAAUAUGUUUUGUCCUGGAGAGCAAGCUACACAAACAUGUUGCAUACCUUAUAGACAGCUUGUGGGACUGGGCAGGCACAUUCCUGAAGGACUGGGAGUGCAUGACCUCUCUUCUAUUAAAAAAUCGUGAAGAAGAUGAAGAAGCACUGAGUGAUGCCCAUGAAAGUGCUCUCAUUGAAAUUAUCCUCGCAACCGUUAGAGAAGCAGCUGAAGGUCAUCCUCCAGUGGGCAGAGGUGCAGCCAAAAAAAUUCUGUCAGCAAAAGAGAAGAAAACACAAUUGGAAGAUUGUACCAAAGUUACUGAACACUUUAUUAUUGUGCUUCCUCAGCUCUUGGCAAAGUAUUCAACAGAUGCACAAAAAGUGGCAAACCUUCUGCAGAUUCCUCAGUAUUAUGAUUUAGAUGUUUACAGCACAGGACAUUUAGAGAAGCAUUUGGAUGCUUUGCUGAAAGAGGUAAAAGACAUUGUGGCCAAACACUGUGACAUGUCUGUGCUUGAGGCUUCCUCCAGGACUUACUAUAUCCUCUGCAGUGAAGAAAUUGCCAUCUAUAACCAAGUGGAUUGUGCCCGAACUCAACUGAUAGAUGAGUUGAUAGGACAGUUUAACCUGUUAUUAGAUGGUUUCUGGCAAAAGGAAGACGGAUUUUGUGCAGAUGCAGGAGAAAUUUCCCGGAUGCACUUUGCUUUGAGAAGAGUAGCAGCUUUUCAUAAUGCCCAUGAUCUCACCAAGUGGAAUUUGUAUGACAAGACUGUAAAGUUGCUGGUGUUUGAAGUGGAACAUGGGAGUUUGCCUGUUCUGAUGAUCCUACCAGCUCUCCAGUGCACAUAUUUUUCUCUCCUGUGGCAGCUAGCUGCAGUUUCAGAAAACUCUCCCAAGGAGACUCUGUUUGCACUAAGAAGAGAGCUGAGACGUUUCAGUCAGAUUUGCAUGUGCUUCCUCCACCAUAAGGAAAAAGAUGUAAGAGAAAAGGCCUUUAUGAUACUCUGUGACUGGUUGCUGAUUUUGAGUCAUCAGGAUUCAAAUAAUAAUGAAGAAGCAGUUGGUCUUCUAGAUUAUCUUCCUAGCAAAUCACUUCAGGAAAAACUGCUUUUGUUUAUCCAGGAGCAUGUAUUCAUGGAGGAAAAAGAUGAAAGCAAAGACCUGGCAGAAGAGGAGGAGAGCAAGGAUGAAAGUUGCAAACUUGACGACUUGCACAAAAAGCGGAGUCUUCUUGCAGCAUAUUGCAAAUUAAUAGUGUAUAAUGUGGUAGAGAUGACUGCAGCUGCUGAGAUCUAUAAGUAUUAUGUGAAGACCUACAAUGAUUUUGGAGACAUAAUUAAAGAAACAUUAAGCAAGACAAGGCAGAAUAACAAAAUUCAGAGUGCCAAGACACUGAUUCUCUGCCUGCAGCAGCUGUUUCAGACACAUGCAGAAAGCCAAGACAGCAGGACGGGUGUGGAUUUCUCCUCUGCUUCCUUCACAAAUAUGAAAGAACUCGCUCGUCGCUUUUCGCUAACGUUUGGCUGGGACCAAGUGAAAUCCAGAGAAUCUGUAGCCAUGAUACACAAGGAAGGGAUUGAAUUUGCUUUUCAAGGAGCUACUGGAGUAGAUGGAAAAUGCUUCCCUCCUAACUUGAGCUUUCUGUUAAUCAUCAGUGAAUUUUCCAACAGGCUGCUGAAGCCAGACAAAAGACUAGUGUAUGCCUACUUGCAGAGGUACGUAGCAGAACCACUGCCUUGCAAAGGAGAGGAAUGGCAGCCACUGAUUUCGUACAGAAACUCUUUACUGGCAACUGAAGAUGAGGAGAGCUCUGUCCUCGGCAGUCCAGGAGAGUGGUCCCCUGUGGGUUCAUCUAAGACAUCUUCUCUCAAAAGGAAAUUGUCUAAUGGGUCUUUGCCUGAAACCAGCCAGGCUGAAGCAGCAAGCCAAGCCCCAGGCCUGCAGGGUGCUUCACAGCUUGCCUCUGCAGCAGGGAAAAGCAGGAAGAGGCUGAAAUCUCGAGAGAUGCACUGGCAGGAACAUUUACCGUUCCUUUGUCCAGGAGGGCUGGGAAGAAGAUACUGCAAGGAUGAGAUAAAGACAGAAGAUGUCUCAGAGGAGGGUCAAGAUGUCGAUGUUGAUGUGGUUGGUGCAGACCAGGACAGUUAAGAAGCUCAGAGGAUAAAUGGACGUGAAGAACACACUACAAUUUAUUUUUUUUUCCUUCUGCAAAUCGUUUUAACUGAAAAGGGGGUUGUGAUGGCAUCAAGCAAGGCAGCAGGAGCUAUGGCUCAAGUCACAUCUGUCUGUAGGCAUCCCCUCAGAACCAGUUCCUAGCACUGCAGCUGGUUCCUCUGCAUUGCUGUGCACAGUGUUACCAAUUGGGCUGUGGUCCUCCUAAGGUUGGGGGUGUUGUGAACAUCAUUACUCAGCUGCAUCCUAGUCCUUGGUGCUGCCUUGGAACAAUUCCCAAGUGAAGGAUUGGAAUCAGGGUAUUGACAAAUACUGAAUCAAAGACUGUAAAGCAGAUGAGACUAGCUUGGUCAGAUCAUGGGGGCAGUGUUCUGCUGGAUGUGUUCUUUACCGUUUGAGGUAACUAAGAUGGAUCUUGUUUCCUUGCACCUGACCCCUGGGAGAAAGGAGCCUGGCCAAGCUGUGAACGCUGUGACCUGCUGGGUGAUGGCAAGGGAUGUGGCAGUGCCCCUUCCUGCCUGAAAUACAGAAAACCUGGAUCCAAGGAUCUGAAAGUAUCUCUAACUUACAGUGCUUAACAGAGAUGUGGUGAGUGGUCUGUGGGGAUCAGGAUGUUUCCAGGAGACUUGAAUCAAGGCUUCUAAGUAACAAAGAAGGAAACAGUGGACCAGUGCCUAUUUUCCUCUGGGAGAAAUCCUUCAUUCCCAGUGAUCAUGUGGUAUUUACUUGGAAAAUACAAAGCUGGAAAAAACACUGUAAAUAGUCCGUAAACAUGGCCCUUCAAAAGUGUUUUUUUUCCAUUAAGAAUUUUUGCAAAUGAUCUUCACCCAAGAGUGUUUUCAGAGGCAGUAGGCUGGGAAGUGCUGGCUGCUUUCACUGACCUUUUGUCACCACUCCAUGGAAUUGUACACUGCAAUAAUCCUAUAAGCUUUAUUUUAUAUAUAUAUAUAUAUAUAAAGUGUAACUGUGUAAAAUAAACUACCUAAGUAUUAUUA